AUGUUGUUAUCACCUCUCUUGUCCAAGGACAAUGUUGUCUUCGGGCUUCAAAUCCUUGUUCCAACCAUCAUUGUUUAUAUCCUGGGCUACGCCAUCUAUAAUCGCUAUUUCCACCCAUUGAGGGAUAUACCUGGACCGUUUUGGGCCUCGGUUACCAGUCUCUGGUACUUUAGAGCCGUGCGAAAUGGUCGAGGACAAGACUACCAACUGCCCAUCCACAAGAAAUAUGGCACCAUGGUCCGGCUUGCUCCGAACCAGGUUCAAAUCUCGGACGCCUCUGCAAUCGAGACAAUCUAUGGUCCGAAGUAUGAGUUUACCAAGGGCGACUUUUACAACAAUUUCCUCACCCAUAUUUCUAAGCGAAAGGACAGCUUCGCUGAACGGGAUGAGGCAGCUCACACCUGGCGACGGCGGACAGUAGCGCAUUUGUACACUCAGGCUGCCGUUCUGGAAUACGAGCCCUGUGUCGACAGGGUCAUCGCCCUCUUCCGCAAGCAGAUGGACCAAUUUGCCGAGACAGGCGAGGUCUUCGAUGUAUCAGUUUGGAUUCGCAAGUACACAUUUGAUAUUAUUGGCGAGAUCUUUUACGGUCGCGAAGGUGGCUUUGGUUUCAUCAGAGAUAACAUCGACUAUAACAACUGGUGCCACCUGAUGGACGUCAUGCCCAAUCCAGCCGCUGCACUGAACAAUCUCCCGUGGGGUUUCCGGAAUCUAUAUUUCUUGUCCCAGAUGAUCUAUCCAGCAACUCGCGCUGGAGCGAAGGGAUUCUUUACCGUUAUUGACCAAUCCCACGCGGCCGUGAAGCAACGCCUAGACGACAUGGCAGCGGGGAGACCAUAUAAUAGAAACGACGUCCUCAGCAAACUCAUUGACAUUGCGAACGACCCGAAGAACGACUUUGGCAUUCUCGACGUCACCACGGAAAUCUGGGCGAUGAUUUGGGCAGGCUCCGACACCACGUACAUUGCACUGACCUCGAUUUUCUACUACCUGCAUAAAAAUCCGUACACUCUCGCCAAACUCCGCGCUGAAAUCGAAGAGGCCUUUACAAACGGCACGCUGAAAUACCCCAUCCGCUACAACGAUGCUAUCAAACUACCCUACCUCCAUGCGGUCGUCCGCGAAGCAAUGCGCAUGCAUGGCUCGCUUGGCACGGGCCUGCCUCGCGUUGUACCUUACCCCGGCGUGGAGAUCUGCGGGCGCUUCUUCCCAGGCGGCACGACCGUGCUAAUGAACGCGAACGCCGUGCAUUUCGACACGUCGGUCUUCGGCGCCGACGCCGAACAGUUCAUCCCCGAGCGCUGGUUCCGAGACGGCGAGAAGGCGGCGGCCAACAUGGAGAGGCACAUGAUGCACUUUGGGUACGGCAAGAGGAUCUGCAUCGGGAAACACAUCACCACCACCGAGAUGUACAAACUGUUGCCGGCCGUCUUGCGGGAUUUCGAAUUCGAGAUGCACAUGGACGGCAAGGAGUGGACCGUUUGGCAGGGCUGGUUCCACCAGCAGAAGAACGUCAUGGUCACCGUCAGGAGGAGGCACGGAGACCAGGUGUGA